AUGUCGGAUACCAAAGCCAUUGCCCCUGUGGCAGCCUCAGAUACCGCGUCUGAUGUAGACAAGAACCCCAAAGACGCCGUCCCGGUUACUGUCACAGAGGCCGCUUCCGAGGCCGAGGGGAAGCCCUCCUGGUGGCGCAAGGCUGUAGGUCUCGUGUGGGACUCUGUCGAGGGAGAUCCAGAGUAUAGGAAAUACGUCCAGAGACUUGAUACUUUCUUCUUCCCAACGGUUUGCUUCGGAUACUUCAUCAAGUAUCUCGAUCAAACAAAUUAUAGCAAUGCCUUCAUUAGCGGCAUGCAGACCGACCUCGGCCUCUACGGAAACGAGCGCAACUGGCUGAACACUUGGUUUAGUCUGGGUAUCAUGGUCGGCAGUAUUCCAGCGCAGAUGUCACAGCUCAGCUAUAUUCGGCCUUCAGUUCUCAUCCCCUCAUGCGAACUCAUCUGGUCGCUGUUGGUCAUCGGUAUGGGAUUCGCCAAGAAUAUCAAAACGUCCAAGAUGUACGCACUGCGGUUCUUUAUCGGUCUCUUCGAGGCCUGUGCUUUCCCUGGAUAUAUCGCCAUGCUGGGUGGCUGGUACGGUCCAAAGGAACUCACCAAGCGCUUGGCGAUCCUCCUCCAGGUUGAGUCGAUUGCAAGUAUGUUUAGCGGAUACUUGCAAGCAGGUUUGUAUACAAGCAUGAACGGCCGUCAUGGCAUUGCAGGCUGGAGAUGGUUGUUUAUCAUGGACGCAAUCAUCUCGUUUCCAAUUGCUAUCUGGGGCUUCUUCGGGUUGCCUGACCUGCCUCACAACACCAAGGCAUUCUACUGGUCAGCCGAGCACGUCAAAUAUGGUAUCGACAGGAUUGAGAAUUUUGGUCAAAAGGCCCAGCAGAAGUUAACAUGGAAGGAAGCCAAGCGGAUCUACCUCGGCUGGGAGAUCUGGGUUUUCGUUGUGCCAUACACCAUGGUCGCGGCUUGUCACACGGCAACCAGCUAUUUCAAUCUCUGGUUAAAGGCCGCUGGCUACAGCGUCGUCGAUGCAAAUAUUUAUCCAACCGGCGGCAGCGCUCUGAACAUUGUGGCUACAGUCAUCUGGGGCAUCAUCGCCGACCACACAGGACAGAACUACCUAAUGAUUGUCAUUGUUCAAGCUCUGAUGAUCCUGUCCAACAUCCUGCUUUCCGUGUGGUACAUUCCCAAGGGCGCAUUGAUGUUUGCGUAUUAUCUCUCCUACGCCGGAUCGGCCGCGACUCCUGUCCUCAUCAGCUGGGCCAAUAGGCUGAAUGCUGGUGAUCCUAGUCUCAGACAACUACUCGUGGCCACUGCCAAUGUGGUUUCUUAUGCUUGGGUCCUUUGGGUACCACUGGUUUUAUUCCCUACCUACGAUGCGCCGAAGUACAAGUACGGUUAUCAAAUCCUCAUUCUUUUCGGAGGUCUUGCAAUCAUUAGCGUCACGCUCAUGUGGUACAUGUAUAGACGAAGAGAUCAGAAGCGCGCCCAUCAGGAGAACCAAGGCACUGAAGGUGGCUCAGAGAGAUCAGAUGAACAGUAG